CGGGAGUUGAGGAAGGAUGAUGAUAUGAAGAGGAUAGAUACAUAGAUUUUUGAGUAAAUUUAGCCUCUCUAAAUUUCCGGGCUGGCCUGAGAUUGAGAACGAAAGCUCUGCCAAGACUGAUGGGACUUUUCUAGAGAGAGAGAGAGAGGGUAGACAAAACCCAUUUGUUUGGUGAGAAAGUUAGACCACGUAAACGAAUAAGGUCCAUUUGUUAACGAAGGAUACAGAGGAGAACACGAUGCUGCGCGCUCUGUAACACUGCGUCAGUGCCAUUUAAUCCCAUCUGCCCCUGCUUAGAAUUGGGGUUUUUGAUAUUCUUCUCUUCCGUGCCCGUGUCUCUGUAGUUGGUGUUAGUCAGUGAGAAUGCGGGGCGUGGCUUCAUCGUCGUCCUCGUCGGGACCGAGCUUGGAAGGAAUAGACGAUGUCCAGGAUUUUCCAUGGGCGAAUGAAGGAGAGUCGUCCAUGUCCUGGGACCGAUUCAGUCAUCUGUACGAUCUUAUGCAGAUGGGGAACACCGCCUUCCGGGAGAACAGACUGGAUGAGGCAAUCAAUUGCUACUCCAAAGCUAACAAUAUUAAACCGAAUGAUUGUAUCAUUCUUAGCAAUAGAUGUGCUUCAUACCUGAGGUUUAGCCAGUUUCUGAAGAAUAGAUCUUCAUCAGAUUCAGAAUUUAGGCCAUUGAGUGGGCUGGAUCCUACAACACAUGCUGGGCUUGCAUUGAAGGAUGCUGAGAAAGUGGUGGCUUUGAGGAGCAAUUCGUUAACAUCCUACAUAUUGAAGGCAAAUGCACUCAUUUUGCUAGAAAAAUAUGGGCAUGCCCAAGAUGUAAUAUAUUCAGGCCUUCAGAUAGAUCCAUUAAGCAAGCCUCUUCAGGAGUUAGAGAGAUUCGUCAGUUUAACUGUUGGACGGAGAAUCCAUGAAAGACCAGAGCGCAGUGAUGAUUUUGAUUGCACCCUUUGCUUAAAGUUAUUGUAUGAACCAAUAACAACGCCCUGUGGGCAUUCAUUUUGCCGCUCAUGCCUCUUUCAAUCAAUGGAUCGAUGUAACAGAUGUCCAUUGUGCCGGACGGUGCUUUUUAUUAGUCCUAGAACAUGUUCAAUCAGUGUGACACUGAAUAACAUCAUCCAGAAGAAUUUUCCUGAGGAGUAUGCUGAAAGAAAAGCAGAGAAUGAUAGUUUGAUAAAUCUCGGUGUUGAUUUGCUGCCUCUUUUUGUAAUGGAUGUUGUUCUACCAUGCCAGAAGUUUCACCUCAACAUUUUUGAGCCACGUUAUAGACUUAUGGUGAGGAGGAUAAUGGAAGGAAAUCAUCGAAUGGGAAUGGUUAUCGUUGAUUCUGCGACAGGUUCUAUAGCUGAAUAUGGUUGUGAAGUCGAGAUCACAGAUUGUGAGCCACUUCCAGAUGGGCGCUUCUUUCUAGAGAUAGAAAGUCGUCGAAGAUGUCGCUUUGUUCGUAACUGGGAUCAAGAUGGAUAUCGAGUAGCUGAAGUCGAAUGGGUACAGGAUAUUUAUCCGGCAGAAGGGACAAUAGAGAUGAAUGAAUUACAGGAGGUUAUUAAUAGGUCAGCAGCAUAUGCUCGAGAAUGGUUGAGGCGGGCAAAAGAAGCAGCUCAAGGAGAUCGCAUGCGACUUGUGGAACUCCAUAAAGCAGAGGGAUUAAUGCCCUCAACACGCGAUCCUGAGCGCUUCAGUUUCUGGCUGGCAACAGUGGCAAAUCCAAGCCCAUCAGAGAGAUUAGAUCUCUUACGGAUAAGAGAUACGAAAGAGAGGAUAAGUCGAGCCCUUAUUUUCAUGAGGGCGGAGGCACAAGGCUGUCGAGUACAGUAAGCAGCGGCAAAUUAUACCAUGGCAUUGUGAAACUUGAUUCAAAAUAAUUUUCAGAUUAUGUGCUUGGAGUUAACUUAUUAUGUGUCCGUAAAUAAACCAAAGGCUACAGACACAUAAUAUGUUAAUUGCAGACACAUAAACAUAAUAUGUU